UUGAAAAUCAAACUCCAUAAAUACUAGCCCCCACCAUUUUUGUUUGACUAAUACCUUGACCACUCCUUUUACUUAACCAUUUCCCUAGUUCUUCCAUUCUCGCUUCUUAAUUUCUUAAUUUCUUCUUGAAUUUCCUACUUUUCUUAUUCUCUCUUCUCAACUGCCAUUGCUAUGGUUUCUUGAAGAAGAAUUGGAAGAAGUUCGACUGUAAUCUAAGCUCAGUUAUGGCGUCUAAGAAUGGUGUUGUUCGAGGAAGUUCCUUUAAGGCUGAUAAACCGUCUUCUAAGUCUUCUUCAUUCAAAUCGAAACCUCCGGUGCGCCGUAGUGCUUCUCUCGGCGGUGGCGUUGUUAAGGAUGGUUCUGAUGUUCCAGGUAGAGUUCGCGUGGCUGUAAGAUUGAGGCCUAAAAAUGCAGAGGAAUCAGUGGCAGAUGCGGAUUAUGCAGAUUGUGUGGAAUUGCAACCUGAGCUCAAAAGAUUAAAACUUCGUAAGAACAAUUGGGACUCAGAUACUUAUGAAUUUGAUGAAGUUCUCACUGAGUUGGCAUCCCAAAAGCGUGUCUACGAAGUGGUUGCAAAGCCAGUUGUUGAGAGUGUUCUUGCUGGGUACAAUGGGACCGUGCUGGCUUAUGGUCAAACGGGGACUGGAAAAACUCACACUCUUGGACAGUUGGGAGAGGCAGAUGCUUCUGAACGAGGAAUUAUGGUCCGUUCUGUGGAGGAUAUUCUUGCUGACACCUGUCUAGAGACUGAUUCAGUCUCUGUAUCAUACAUACAGCUGUAUAUGGAGACUAUUCAAGAUCUUCUUAACCCUGUAAAUGACAAUAUUCCGAUUAUGGAAGAUCCCAGAACAGGAGAAGUAUCUUUGCCUGGUGCAACUGUUGUAGAGAUAAGAGAUCAACAUACCUUUCUUGAGCUUCUGCGAUUGGGAGAAGCUCAUCGCUUUGCUGCUAAUACCAAGCUGAAUACAGAAUCUUCUCGGAGCCAUGCAAUUCUUAUGGUACAAGUUAAGAGAUCCGUUCAGGGAGGUGAGCCUUCUUCUAGUGAAGAUGAUGAACAUUCCCAAUCAGUUAAAAAUUGUGCUCCACCAAUACUGCGCAAGGGCAAGCUUGUCAUAGUAGAUCUUGCAGGUUCUGAGCGUGUUCACAAAUCAGGAAGCGAGGGCCACACCUUGGAGGAAGCAAAGGCUAUCAAUCUCUCUCUUACAGCUUUAGGAAAAUGCAUCAAUGCACUUGCAGAAAAUAGUCCUCAUGUACCAAUACGUGAUUCGAAACUUACAAGGUUGCUGAGAGAUUCAUUUGGAGGAACGGCUAGAACUUCCCUUAUUGUCACAAUUGGUCCUUCACCAAGGCAUCGUGGAGAAACUACAAGUACAAUACUCUUUGGACAAAGAGCCAUGAAGGUUGAAAACAUGUUGAAAAUCAAGGAAGAAUUUGAUUAUAAAAGUUUGUCUAAAAGACUUGAAGUGCAAUUAGACCAACUUAUUGCCGAGGGAGAAAGGCGGCAAAAAGCAUUUGAUGAUGAAGUCAAACGAAUAAGUACUGAAGCCCAGAACCAUAUUUCUGAAGUUGAAAGGAAAUUUGCUAGUGAAUUAGAGAAAGAAAGAACAAAAUGUCAAAUGGAUUAUUUAGAAUCAAUAAAGCAACUUGAGGAGAAGUGGAUUGUAAAUCAGCAAAACCAACAUAAGAAUCGUUUCAGCAAUGGUACAUGUGAUACAGAGUUAAGUAAUGUGCCUAUUUCUGAGGAAGUUGCUGAAGUCAAGCAGCUGCUUCAAAAUGAGAUUCAUUUGAGAAAGGCAGCUGAAGAGGAGGUCAACAAUCUGAAAAUUCAACUAUCACAGUUGACAUCUUCAGAGGGAGGUGGAACUGCUGAAAUUCUUAGACUUAACCAGGUGCUAGAAGAUGAAGCUUUUGAGAAAAAGAGACUUCAAGAUGAAAUCACAUCUUUACAAGGCCAAUUGUUGCAGCUCACAUUUGAAGUCGAUCAGAUGCGAAGGUACAUUGACAGGCUUGAAUCAGGAAAUGGUUUUUCUCGUUCUCAUUCUCUAACUUCGCCGAGCCGGAACUCCCAACAGAAAGACAGAGAUAAUGGACACAAAUCAUCUUUUAACUCACUUUUUGAACAAGUUGGAUUACAGAGGAUCUUGUCAAUGCUCGAGUCAGAGGAUCCCAAUAUACGUAUCCAUGCAGUGAAAAUAGUCGCCAACCUUGCCGCUGAAGAAACAAACCAAGAGAGGAUUGUUGCUGCUGGUGGGCUUACUUCCUUGUUGAUGCUUCUUAGAAACUAUGAAGAUGAAACUGUUCGUCGUGUAGCCGCUGGAGCAAUUGCCAAUCUUGCCAUGAAUGAAGCCAAUCAAGAACUUAUUGUAGCUGAAGGUGGUAUCAGUCUCUUGUCAACAACAGCUGAUGAUGCUGAAGAUCCACAGACUCUUCGCAUGGUUGCUGGAGCAAUUGCUAAUCUAUGUGGGAAUGAUAAGCUGCAGGUCAAGCUACGAGCUGAGGGUGGUAUUAGGGCAUUGCUCGGGAUGGUAAGAUGUAGACAUCCUGAUGUUCUUUCACAGAUUGCACGUGGUAUAGCAAACUUUGCAAAAUGUGAAUCUCGGGGUGCAACUCAAGGGACGAAAACUGGAAAAUCAUUAUUGCUUGAGGAUGGUGCACUUUCUUGGAUUGUACAAAACGCAAACAAUGAAGCUUCACCUAUCCGGAGGCAUAUUGAGCUAGCACUCUGUCACUUGGCUCAGCAUGAAGUAAAUGUGAAAGAUAUGAUUGCUGGGGGUGCACUUUGGGAACUAGUACGCAUAUCCCGGGAUUGCUCUCGGGAAGACAUAAAGAGUCUUGCCCGUAAAACCCUUACUUCCAGCCCAAAUUUUCAAGCAGAGAUGAGGCGGUUAAGGAUAGACAUCUAGUCUUGAUGAAGGUUAAUGCUUCUCCACCCUUCUAGAAUAAAUUCAGUUGGGUUCUCCAAAUGCAGUUCCUUAAUAUCCUUGAUUAGACUUAGUUGGAAUAUCCGUUGCUUGGAAAAUAGUAAUCUACUCAAAAUUUUGCCUACCAUAAUGAGGAGGGGUCAGUUUUGUAAUCGUGUAGUCUAGUGUAUAUCAGUCAAUCUUAUGAGAAUUAGAGGAGAGCUCUCCACUCCUCUCAUCUGCUACACCUGAGAUGGCUAAAUGAUUCUCACGGGGCUUUUGCCAUUUGGGUUGCUCUUCUCUUUAAAGCCCUUUUUUGUUGGGGAAAUAUAGGGAAAAUAGAAAUCUUGCAUCUCCAUCCUGG